AUGGAAUGCCCUUGUUUAAUAGAUUACUCUAAUUGCAUUCAGGUCUUAAUAAUAGCUGGAGUUGAUACCACAGCAACAACCAUGGAAUGGGCUCUCACACUUUUACUCAAUAAUCAUGCAAAACUUGUUAAAGCACAAGCUGAAAUUUCAAAGUUUGUAGGAUAUAAUCGCUUAGUUAAUGAGUCAGAUUUAAGCCACCUUCCUUACCUCCACUGCAUCAUAAAAGAGACAUUAAGGAUGUACCCCGCUGCACCCUUGCUAGUGCCUCACGAGUCGUCAAGUGAUUGCACCGUGGAGGGCUAUCGCGUCCCGCGUGGCACAAUGUUAUUGGCUAAUGUUUGGGCUAUACAUAAUGAUCCUAAGCUAUGGGACGAGCCUAGGAACUUCAAGCCUGAGAGGUUCGAAAUUGAAGGCACGAAGGAAAACCGAGUAGGGUAUAAGCUCAUGCCUUUUGGGUCCGGUAGAAGGGCUUGUCCGGGUGAAGGUUUGGCUAUGCGCAUGAUUGGAUUAACGCUUGGAUCAUUAAUACAAGCCUUUGAAUUGGAAAGGAUUAGUGAAGAGAUAGAGGAUGUGGAAGAAGGGGCUAGACUUACCAUGCCUAAGAUUAAUGCUUUGAGAAUGAAGCUACGACCACAGUCCUUUAUGUUAAGAACACUCUCUCAAAUAUAA